UGACAGGUAAGGACAGGUGAGGACAGGUGUUUUUGGUACAAACAAAAUGUACGUGGUUAUAUUCAUUGGUGGAGUAUGUGUUUAAACAUACAAAAUCUAUAAACUUGGAUAUUCAUGGAUGACAGUGGACUGUCUGUGACGGUUAGGACACGUCGGGUUACGGACGAAAUAUUCCGUAUUCGACAGAUUCAUUCCAUACAGGCCAUGUUUAAAUGCAGAUGCGUCUUAUGCCAAGAUAAUUGCACACCAGGAUGGCACAGAUAUCGUCAGACAGCCGGCUCAACAUCAAGAUCCCCGUUCAAGAUAUUACAGAAAAUUACUGGAUGCUGUUUUUAAGAAGAGUGACCAUCGGAUAAUGGCGAUUGCACAACGACCUCGUUCCGGAUAUUCCAGUCCUAUGUCUCCAAACCGAUCUUUUUUUACUGCCCAAAUGGAUGACUUAUUUGCCACGCCCCCUAGACGGAAGAGGCGAUACGUCCCGAAAUCUCCAGUCUGUGUAAUGGAUCUCCCAAAGUUACGGAAUAACUUCUUUACAAACAACCUCGAUUGGGGGAAAUCCAACAAAAUUGCUGUGGCACUCAACUUGACGACGUACGUGUGGGAUGCCAAGUCCAAAGUCUGUCGAAAGAUCCAGCUGACCACCCCUCGUCCCGACCACGACUAUAUCUCCUGUCUCGCCUGGGACCCUGAAGGGACGCAACUCGUCAUAGCUGAUAAUCUUGGGGAUAUUACGGUGUGUGACCCCGAAUGUUCAGUCAUCAACCACCAGACACACCUGAAGGAACGGACAACGGUCAACAUCGUCCGGUGGACUGACCACGGGAUAUUCAGUGGAGAUUGUCACGGCACAGUUUAUAAACACGACCCCAGGGUGCGGACGGCCGUGGCCCGGCUUGGAGGUCAUGACGUUAUGGUUUGUGGACUGUCCCAGGGGGCGGGGACACCGUAUUUGGCCAGUGGGAGCGGAGACGGACUAGUGUGUAUUUGGGACGUCCGAUCGUCAAAGGUUUAUAAAAAGAUUCAAGCUCACACUUUAUUGGCAAAGGCGUUAGCAUGGUGUCCAUGGCGAAAGAAUGUGCUCGCCUCCGGUGGCGGCUGUGACGAUGGCAAUAUCCGACUAUGGAACAUUUAUACUGGAAAUAUGGUUGGUGAAAUAUCUACACAGUCGCAGAUCUGUGGCUUGCUAUGGUCCGAAGAGUACCACGAACUGGUGUCUAGUCAUGGAUUGACAAAGUCCGAAGGAACUGAAACUAAUGACCUCAUUCUGUGGGAGGAAACGGACUUUUACUUUGAGCCUGUUGUCAAACUCCAGCAGCACAUUGGCCGACCUUUACACCUUGCCAUGAGUCCCGACAAAACUCACAUAGCCUCCGUUGGUGCGGACGAACACAUCUGUCUGUGGAAUUGUUUCCCAUCUUCUUCAAAGGACAACCAGACACCCACUAAUGUUGUGUCCCGGGUAUCAUUGGAUGGAUAUAUCCGAUAGGAGGAUUCGGAGACUGUUAAUUUUUCUGAAGACUGUUACCUUGUAUUACAAUGAAGACUCACAUAGAAAUAUAUAUAGGCGCGUUACAGUAGCUAGCCCAGUAUUAAUGAACAAAAAUGUAUUAACCUCUAUCUAAAUUUUGCAGGCGGCUUGCAGUUCAAAUCAUUUAUUUCUUUCGUAUUUCAGAUAGUUGAUGUAUAGGUAUUCGAGGAUCCACUAUACGUUCAGUACGAUCAAAACAUGCUAUUUCGUUAAGUGGUGGACAUGCUGUUAUCUCGCGGCGGUUGUUAGCCUAAUGUUAUUGUUAUCUCUAGUUGUAGAUAUAUUUCAGUCUAUUACUUAUUAAAGACCCCGUGUGACUUUCAAUGACGUCAUUUUAUUUAUCUUUGCUUGUAGUAGUCCGAACAUGUUAAGCUGCAAGAAUAAUGAAUUUGAAUUUCCUCCUGGACGCGUGUUUGCUUUGUCUAUAUUUAAUCUAGUCGUCAGUGUAUCAAAUUAUAUAAUAUUAUAUCAUAAUUAUGAAAACAAAAACUGUUUAAAUUUUCAAAACGGAGAGAAUAAUAUUUGCAUUAUUUGUGAACCUGAUGGAUAUAUGCCAGAUUGUAUGACCUUUCUACAUUGUUUGUUAGUCCUGUUGUUGUAUUGUUUCGACAGUAUCUGUGUUGGUAGAAUAUUCCCACACGAUACCAUCUUCACUUUGUUAUCAUAUAAAAGAAAUUGCGACAAAAUUAUUGAGUGUUGUU